GGUCUUUAAGCAAGGUAAGACUGUUAAAGAUAUUUAAUAUAAAAUAAAAGUACAAGUUAGGCGGACGUGUCAUUAUUUGUUGUUUCUCCGUUCAUUGUGUGUAUAAUAUACAGUAUAUCAUUUUGGUGAGACACUAAGGUAAUAACAAAGAAUAAAUCUCAUAUAUAUAUAUUAGUAAGGUAGCAACUUCGGUAGGCACAUAGCUGUACUGAUUCAACAUGCCAACAGACGCUGUUUUGAUGGAUAAAAUCAUUGAGGGCGAUGGAAAGACUAUCCCUUAUUCUGGUUGUAUUGUCACAUUAGACUAUAUUGGUUAUCUAGAGGACAAUGCUAAGUUUGAUUCAACCGCUAUACGAGGUCGUCCUUUUGUGUUUCGUGUGGGUUGCGGUCAGGUUAUCAAAGGUUGGGAUGAGGGCAUCGUGCAGAUGUCCAAGGGGGAGAGGAGUAAGCUUACAAUGCCGCCGUCACUAGCAUACGGUGCUUCAGGAUUCCAAGGGCUGGUUCCUCCUAAUACUACAAUUGUGUUUGAGGUAACCCUUUUGGAUGUAGAGUAAUGAAGGGCUAUAUAUUUAUAAACCACAUUACUUAUUUUAUAUAUGUAUCUUUAGUAUAGUUUCUCCCUUUUAUAUAUUGUUAGUUUAAAAACGCAUUUUAAUAUCUGUCCGGUAAUGUUGAAUAUUUUUCUUCAAAGGUGUGUAUCAUGUGCUGCUUUAAAGUUACUUUUGUUAAAGGUAAAAACAAAACAAAACAAAAA